GGGCCCCGCGGGCCGCCGCGGCGGCGCAGGCAGUGUGUGCUGGCACUGAGAACAAGCUGAGCUCCCUGUCUGACCUGGAGCAGCAGUACCGCGCCCUGCGCAAGUACUAUGAGAACUGUGAGGUGGUGAUGGGCAACCUGGAGAUCACCAGCAUCGAGCACAACAGAGACCUCUCCUUCCUGAGGUCUAUCCGAGAAGUCACGGGCUAUGUGUUGGUGGCUUUGAACCAGUUUGAGUACCUGCCCCUGGAGAACCUGCGCAUCGUUCGUGGCACCAAGCUCUACGAGGAGCGAUACGCUCUGGCCAUAUUCCUUAACUACAGGAAGGAUGGCAACUUUGGACUCAGGGAACUUGGCUUGAGGAACCUGACAGAGAUACUGAAUGGAGGGGUGUAUGUUGGCCAGAACAAAUUUCUCUGCUUUGCAGACACCAUUCAUUGGCAAGACAUCGUGCGUAACCCCUGGGCCUCCAACUUCACUCUGGUUCCAACAAAUGGCAGCUCAGGAUGUGGUCGUUGCCACAAGUCCUGCACAGGACGGUGCUGGGGACCCACAGAGAAUCACUGCCAGACCUUGACCAAGACCGUGUGUGCAGAGCAGUGUGACGGACGCUGCUACGGGCCCUACGUCAGCGACUGCUGCCACCGCGAGUGCGCCGGGGGCUGCUACGGACCCAAGGACACCGACUGCUUUGCCUGUAUGAAUUUCAAUGACAGUGGUGCCUGUGUCACACAGUGCCCCCAGACCUUUGUGUACAACCCCACCACCUUCCAGCUGGAGCACAAUCACAACGCCAAGUACACCUACGGGGCUUUCUGCGUCAAGAAGUGCCCACACAACUUUGUGGUGGAUUCCAGCUCUUGUGUCCGGGCAUGUCCGAGCUCCAAGAUGGAGGUUGAAGAAAAUGGCAUUAAGAUGUGCAAGCCCUGCACUGACAUUUGUCCUAAAGCAUGUGAUGGCAUUGGGACAGGGAGUUUGGUGUCAGCUCAGACGGUGGAUUCCAGCAACAUUGACAAGUUUGUAAACUGUACCAAGAUCAAUGGCAACCUUAUCUUCCUUGUCACUGGGAUUCAUGGAGACCCGUAUCACACGAUCGCUGCCAUCAAUCCAGAGAAAUUAAAUAUCUUCCAAACAGUGAGAGAGAUAACAGGGUAUUUGAACAUACAGUCAUGGCCUGAGAAUAUGACAGACUUCAGGGUGUUUUCUAACUUGGUUACCAUUGGUGGGAGAGCUCUCUAUAGUGGCCUUUCCUUGCUCAUCCUGAAGCAACAAGGCAUCACUUCCCUGCAGUUCCAGUCCUUGAAGCAAAUCAGUGCUGGCAACAUCUACAUCACAGACAACAGCAAUUUGUGCUACUACCACACUGUCAACUGGACCAGCCUGUUCAGCACCCCCAGCCAGAAGACAGUGAUCCACAGGAACAAAAGGGCAGAGAACUGCACUGCUGAUGGCAUGGUGUGCAACGAGCUGUGCUCCAGUGACGGCUGCUGGGGGCCAGGGCCAGACCAGUGCCUGUCCUGCAAGCGCUUCAUCCGGGGCAGGACCUGCAUCGACUCCUGCAACCUCUACGACGGGGAAUUCCGAGAGUUUGCAAACGGCUCUGUGUGUGUGGAGUGUGAUCCCCAGUGUGAGAAGAUGGAGGAAAACAUGAUCACCUGCUAUGGGCCGGGACCUGACCACUGCACAAAGUGUUUCCAUUUUAAGGAUGGUCCAAAUUGUGUGGAAAAAUGCCCUGAUGGCUUGCAGGGGGCCAACAGCUUCAUUUUCAAGUACGCCGAUGAGGAUCGGGAGUGCCAUCCCUGUCACCCCAACUGCACCCAAGGGUGCAUAGGGCCACACCUGGAGGACUGCAUUGGGCUGAUGGAUAGAACCCCCCUGAUUGCUGCUGGAGUUAUUGGUGGCCUCUUCAUCAUCGUCAUCAUGGGCCUGACGUUCGCCGUGUACGUUCGGCGUAAAAGCAUCAAGAAGAAGAGAGCGCUGCGAAGGUUCCUGGAGACUGAGCUGGUGGAACCCUUGACCCCGAGCGGCACGGCACCCAACCAAGCCCAGCUCCGCAUCCUGAAGGAGACAGAGCUGAAGAGAGUCAAGGUCCUGGGCUCUGGUGCCUUUGGAACAGUGUACAAGGGGAUCUGGGUCCCUGAGGGAGAAACAGUAAAGAUUCCUGUGGCCAUUAAGAUCCUUAAUGAAACCACAGGUCCAAAAGCCAACGUGGAGUUUAUGGAUGAAGCUCUCAUCAUGGCCAGCAUGGACCACCCACACCUGGUGAGACUUCUGGGUGUCUGCUUGAGUCCCACCAUCCAGCUGGUCACUCAGCUGAUGCCUCAUGGCUGCCUCCUGGAUUAUGUCCAUGAACACAAGGAUAAUAUUGGUUCCCAGCUCCUGCUGAACUGGUGUGUCCAAAUAGCUAAGGGAAUGAUGUACCUGGAAGAGAGGAGACUCGUCCACCGAGACCUGGCAGCCCGUAAUGUGCUGGUGAAAUCACCAAACCACGUGAAAAUCACUGACUUUGGCUUGGCCAGGCUUCUGGAAGGGGAUGAAAAGGAGUACAAUGCUGAUGGGGGCAAGAUGCCAAUUAAGUGGAUGGCUCUGGAGUGCAUACACUACAGGAAAUUUACCCAUCAGAGUGAUGUGUGGAGCUAUGGAGUGACCAUCUGGGAGCUGAUGACCUUUGGUGGGAAGCCGUACGAUGGAAUCCCAACUCGAGAGAUCCCUGACCUCCUGGAGAAGGGAGAGCGCCUGCCCCAGCCCCCAAUCUGCACAAUUGAUGUUUAUAUGGUGAUGGUGAAGUGCUGGAUGAUUGAUGCUGACAGUCGGCCAAAAUUCAAGGAGCUGGCUGCUGAAUUCUCUAGAAUGGCUCGAGACCCUCAGAGAUACCUGGUAAUUCAGGGAGAUGAUCGUAUGAAGCUCCCAAGCCCAAAUGACAGCAAGUUCUUCCAAAAUCUUCUUGACGAGGAAGACCUGGAAGAUAUGAUGGAUGCUGAAGAGUAUCUUGUUCCUCAAGCCUUCAACAUUCCUCCUCCCAUCUACACCUCCAGGACAAGAAUUGAUUCCAACAGGAACCAGUUUGUGUACCGGGAUGGCGGCUACACUGCCGAGGUGCCAAUGCCAUACAGGGCUCCGGGCUGCAUCAUUCCAGAAGCCCCAGCUGCUCAAGGGGCCACAGCAGAGAUUUUUGAAGACUCCUGCUGCAAUGGCACGAUGCAGAAACAGGUGGCAGCCCUGGCAAAAGAGGACAGCAGCACCCAGAGGUACAGCGCUGACCCCACCGUCUUCAUUCCCGAGCGGGUCGUGCGGGGAGAGCUGGAUGAGGAUGGGUACAUGACACCGAUGAGAGACAAACCCAAAACAGAUUACCUGAACCCAGUGGAAGAGAACCCAUUUGUUUCCCGCCGAAAGAAUGGAGAUCUCCAAGCUGUGGACAACCCAGAGUACCACAGUGCUCCCAACGGGCAGCCCAAAGCAGAGGACGAGUACGUGAACGAGCCGUUGUACCUCAACACCUUCGCCAACACCUUGGAAAACACCGAGUACCUGAAGAACAAUUUGCCAGAGAAAGCCAAGAAGGCCUUUGACAACCCAGACUACUGGAACCACAGCCUGCCCCCACGGAGCACCCUCCAGCACCCGGACUACCUGCAGGAGUACAGCACAAAAUACUUUUACAAACAGAAUGGACGGAUCCGGCCCAUAGUGGCAGAGAAUCCUGAAUACCUCUCUGAGUUCUCCCUGAAGCCUGGCACUGUGCUGCCCCCGCCGCCCUACAGACACCGGAAUACCGUGGUGUAGUGGCUGUGCUCUCAUUGAAGUGGAAAGGCAACCCCUUCUAGCUGCCUCACUCGUACUCUCUCGCUCCCCCUUUCUCCCUGCCCUUGACCCUCCUCCCUC